AAUAUGUUAGUGGUGGGCACGGAUCCCAAAUAACAUCGAUAGUUGGGGGCGAAGAGACCAAAACAAGAACAGCCAACUCGGCCCCCACAAGUUCCAUCACUAGCUGUCCGUCUCCAACCUCCGCGAAUAAAACAGCUGCAGCGCGAAAUAAUCAUUUUGCUCAACCAACUAAAUACAAAAAAAUACAAAAAAAAUAUGGCCAAGAAAGCUCCAAAACAGCUGAGAAAACGAGUCCAAUAAGUAAUACUAUUAUUGCUCAACAUAAUUCCAUUUGUGCUCUUACAAGCUUCCAAAGCAACCAACCAACCAAUACACAAAAAAAGUAAAUAAAUAAAUUAAAAGAAAGUGACAAACAAAAAAAAAAGAAACAAAAAGAAAGUAAAGAAAGUGCCUAAAUCCCCGAUGUGUUUUCCGCCCAGAAGCUAGUACACCCACUUAAGGCGCUUAAAGCCUUGUCGUCUUUCCACCUCUCUCUCCAGCCUUUCCAGCCUUCAAUUAAACUAAAAAACAAAACAAAAAAGAAAUAAAAAACGACAAGCACAUGAGUUGGAUUAAUAAAAGUCAACUGGAAUAGGCCGAACCCCGCGCACAGACUGGUGUGUAUUAUGGAAAAGGCGAAGGCAUACAUCAAAAAUGAACUUCGCGGUGGCAGCCAGCAAUCCGAGCCAGCAACCACGCCCACUCCGCCCUCUCCGGCAUCGGCGCCGCCCUCGCUGCCCGCCAGCAAGCAUCCCUACCCGCCGGCCGAGCUGAUGCCCUCGCCGGGAGCGGCGGCAGCUCAUCGCACUCGAACGCCCGGCGACCCGUACCACUUGGGCUAUCCCCCGCAUCCUGGCCAGCACUUCUAUCCGCCGCACAUGGCCGGGGCAAGCGCCAAAUCGACCGGAAGGGCUUCGGCGCCACCCGACCAUCACCAAGUGGCGGCCAUGACGGUGUGCUUUGUGUGCGGAGGACAUGGCGGCUAUGAGCCGCAGCCCCUGCGGAUCCGAUAUAACGCCGAGCGACCAGCAGAGUCAUAUUUCCCCUUUCUGGAGCGACAUGAGCCACCGAACGGGGUACCGGCAGUGGCUCCCGGCCAGGAGUACGUGUGGGCGUGUAUGCUCUGCUUCCGGUCCCUCAACGAGCAGUGGGACGCCUACGAGCGGCAGAAGAAGCCGCUGCUGCAGCGCAUCUACCACAUGAAGCGGGUGGACGGCAAGGGCUACAUCGGAGCGGAUGUGGCCACCCAGAGCGAGUACGCCGCCCAGGUCCUGGGCCUGAGUGCCGAGCAUCUCACCCAGAACGGUGGCCUGGUGGAGGGCCAUGAUCCCUACGCUCUGUCCAGGCACUACUCGCCGCAGCAGCCGCAAGCCCACCUCCAGCACCAUCAUCUCAGUACCUCGAGGAAUGCCUCGCCCUCGCCAAAUCCCAGUGCCGCCGGUGGUGGUGGGGACUUCUACCCAAGGAACUCCACCACACCGUCGAGCAACCACAACCGGUACCUGAGUCGUCCGCAGUCGCGGGAUAUGCCGGUGGCCUCGCCCACAUCCCGACCGCCCAGCGAGCCGCCGGCGGCCCUUAGCCGCCAGUCGGGCAACUACGCCCAUCAGAAGUUCAAGCUGAGCUCCUCCCCGGCCGCCAAUCCACCGCCGGCUGGGUAUCCGGGCCAGGCGGCCUAUCAUCCCGCCCAGUACCAGCAGCUGCAGCAGCAGACGGCCGCCUACCACAUGCUCCAGCAGGUGAGCUCCGGCGGAGGCGCCGGAGGAGAACCAUCCUCGCACUACAAGGGCAAUCCCUACAGUGCCCUGCCGUCGCCUGGAAGUGGCCAACCACCUUUACCGACUCCCAGCGCCGACGACGACAAUGCCACGGUACUGGACCUCCGGAACUCCUCCUCCAGCGCCAGUGCUCCCCCGCCGCCGGCCGCCCCUCGCAGUGCCAGUGCGGCGCCGUCCUCUAGCCAGCCCCAGUCGGAGGUGGGCAUCCUGGACCUCUCCAUGCCCGACAAGAACUCCAUCACGGAGGUCUGCUACGUCUGCGGCGACGAGCAGCGCCGCGGCAGUCUCAUGGAGCUGAGUACGGUGAAGCCCCGGGAAACGGGAAGACCUGGCCAGGCGGUGGCCUAUUUUCCGCUCUUCAACGAGCAGCAUCCGCGUCCAGCUCGCUCCCGUCCAAAGGAUCCCCGGGGAAUGAUUCAGGCGUGCCUGCCCUGCUACGAGGACCUCAUGCAUCAGUGGAAUGCUCACCAGGCCUCCCACAAACCGGAAUCGGAGCGAUCCUAUCAGUUGCGAAAACGCUCAACGCCUGCGGCCGAGAGAACAACCUUCGUCUGCUACACCUGUGGCUCGGACACGCCCUCCUCCCAGCUGCGCCUGGUCUACUGCUGUCCCAAUGCCGAGCGGGAGCCGUACUACUCCUUCAUCAAGACCAUGGUCGCCUACAAGAACGCUAGUCCCAUUAGUCCGCAGGGCAUGGUCCAGGUCUGCUCCGCCUGCAAUGAGAAGCACAGCAGCCAGGCGGAAGGUGGCCCGCCCCCGGCUGCUCACUCCAGUGCUUCGCCCAGCAUGGGACACGCGGUGGAAUCCAGCUCGGCGAUGUACAAUUCCAGCGGAGCGAUAGCCGGCAGCAGUGCGGCCCCGUUCGGCGGACGCAAUUCUCCGUCGGAGAAGUCCCUGGCGAAUUCAGAUUCCACGAGUAACGUGCGGUUUAGGCCCUACGAGACGAACUCUAACAAUUCCAAUUCAAACACGGCACGCGACCUCAAACAAAUCCGUCGCAGCGAUUCCCGGCCCAAUUCCCCCAGUUCCAGUCAAGGAGGAGCCAUCGAAAAUGGUCACGGCCAGUAUCCUUGUUCCAUUUGCAAAGUACUCUGUCCCUCAAACAAAAUGGAUUGGCUGUCCACCAGUGCCGAGCACAUGAAUUCCCAUGCGAUGCACUUUCCCUGUCUCAAGGCCAAUGCCGUAAACAGCACCAGCAGCUCCACUAACAACAAUAACAAUAACAACAGCAACAAUAAUAAUAAUAAUAACAACAACAACAACAGUAAUAAUAAUAACAACAACGAGUUCAACAGUAAUCGCGUGUUGGCCUGCAAGGACUGCAAGGAAUACUUGGCCAGCCAGUGGGAGUCUAUGGAUGCCGAAAGGGUUCCGCUCGAGCACAGAAGAUACAACAUUCCCUCGCCCAUGAUGAACUCCAGCUCGCCAAACGGAUCUCGGCACGGCGCCAUGAGCAUCAACACACCGCCCUCCACACCAUCCAUAUCGUCCUCGACGGCUGCCAGCCAGUCCAUCUACUGCUUCCUGUGUGGCCUGCACUCGGACUUUUCCUUUGCCCGGAUUCUAUAUGCCAGCAAGGAGGGAUCGAGACCUUAUUUUCCUCUACUGCUGAAACACAACGCCCUGCCCAAUGCUGAGCAAUUGAGAAACAAUUUUUCAUUGGUCUGCACCUUCUGUUACCAUUCCAUGCUGAAUCAGUGGCGCAAAUAUGAGGCACAGAGUCCCAGCGUGAAUCCGGCGGAUCGCAAAUACAAUUGGCACGAUUACAACUGUCACCUGUGCGGGAUUACGACAUAUAGGAAACGGGUGCGGGCACUGCCAGUCAACGAUUUUCCGUUUGUGAAGAACCAGAAGAGCGAGGAUGGCUUGCUGCUUGAGAAUGGAGAAUUUGCGGUCGUUUGUUUGGAUUGCUAUGAGAGUUUAAGACAACAAGCCUCGCAGCAUGAUCGCUUCGGGGUGCCCAUAUCGAGGCGGGCCUACAACUGGGUGCCCCAGCCGCCGCCCCCCGAGGAUAGUCCCGAGUCCGCAGUGGCCCGAUUGCCCUGCGGCGAGCGCUCCGAUCGCAUUCUCAUCAGCAACGCUCUGAGGCCCGUGCCAGGAAAGAAAACGACAUCGCCCAAGCAGUACGACAAGUCAAAAGAAGUGCCGCCGAAGGCUGGACAGAAACGACCGGCCACCAGUCCUGCGCCGCACAUCCCAGUGCCGCAUCACCUGCAAACGCCUCCCGGCGGCGGCGGCGGUGGUGGUGGUGGGGGCGGAGGCUCCACGGUGGCUAGCAGCCCGGCUCCGCCCACCGCCGGUGGCAACCCUCUGCUAAACCACGCCCUGCCCAGCAAUCACAUCGGUACCCCCUCGCCGCAACAGCAUCAGCAGCACCAGCAGCAGCAACAGCAACAACACCAGGCCCAGCAGCAGGCGGUGGCAGCUGCAGUGCAGCAGCAGUUGGCGGCCGGAGUGGGCUUGCCCCCGGGAGCCAUCGGAGCGGCUUCGGCGGCAAACAGUCGCGGCUCCUUUGCUGCCGCUCUGCGGACGCUGGCCAAGCAGGCGGACAUCAAGGAGGAGGAUGUGGGCGGCGAACGGAGUGUGCCCACAUCGGCAGCGGGAGGUCCACCGCCGUCAUCGGGCCCGGGGCCCCUGAACUCGGUGGCAUCGCGUGUGGGCUCGGACAGACCAGGCGAUGACAGGGUGGCCAGCAACAAGAAGAGGUCACCACCAUCGCCCCAGCCGCCGGAGAAGAUUGCCCGGCUAAGUCAUAUUCCGCAGGCGGCAUCGCUGCAACCAGAACUGUUGGCCAGGAGCGGAUUCCAGCCCUACAGAUCGGAUGAGCGGCUGAUGCAUCCGGCAGGAGCCUUUCCUCUGGAGGCGUACUCGCAUUUUGCCGGCUUGCCAGGAAUCCCACCAGCGGCUUUCCUCAAUCCCGCCGGACUGCCGUAUACGGAACAGCUUUACCUGGAGCAUCGCUACCAACUGCUCCGUGCCGCCAAUGCCCAUCCCUCGCAUCCCCAUGCGGCCGCUUUGUACCCACAGAUGGCCUCCCCCUACUCGCACCUCUACUCGAUGAUGCCGGGAGCGGCGCUGGGCAUUUCGCCGGCCAUGCACGACCGGAUCAAGCUGGAGGAGGAGCACAGGGCGCGACUGGCACGCGAGGAGGAGCGCGAGCGGGAGCUGCAACGCGAGAAGGAGCGAGAGCUGCGGGAACAGCGCGAAAAGGAGCAGCGAGAGAAGGAGCAGCGCGAAAAGGAACAGCGGGAAAGGGAGCAGCGCGAGAAGGAGCAGCGGGAGAAGGAGGCCCGGGAGCGGAAGCUGCGGGACGAGGAGCGCGAAAGGGAGCGGGAGCGACAGCAGUUGCUCAACGCCUCGCAUCACUACUCGAAUCAGCUGUACUCGCCACUAAAUCGCAACCUCUUGGGCUCCAUGAUGCCCCAUCUCAACCUGGGCCUGCGCGGUCCUCCCGGGCCGUUGCACGGUCUCCCUGGAAUGUCGCACUACCAUGCGGCAGCUGCCAAUGCCCAGCGUCAGAGUCCACACGCGGCUAUGGGCCUCAACCUGGGCAUGGCGGGACUACCGGGCGUGGGUGUCUCCCCUCUGGGAGGCCAUGGGCCGCCCAAUUUGCAGCACCACCUGCAGCAGGCUGCCAUGGGACUGGCCCAUCCGGCGGCCGCUGGCCUAACGCAUCCUGGAUUCUCGGCUGCUGCCCUGGGGCUGAGUGCUCAUCCGCAUAGUCUGAACCUCAGCCACCCGCAUAUGUCGCCGCAUCAUCCCGCCUCGCUGGCUGCCGCCCAUCAGCUGCCACCCCACACUUCGGCGGCGUCGGUGGGCGGAGUGGGUGUGUCCAGCAACUCCAUUCCCGUGACGUCUAGCUCCAGUUCCUCUGCAUCCUCGCCACAUGCCAGCCUUAAUCUUACAGCGGCUGUGAAGCUCGGAGCGGAGCAGUCGGCCCCCACUUCGACGCCCAGCGGGAGCAGUGGCAGUGGAGUACCGCCCACCACGUCCAGCUCGCACAUUCCUCCCAUGAGUCACUACUAUCCCAUGAGUCACGGCCAUUUGGCGGCCAUGCAUGCGGCCGCAGCGGCUGCCAGCGGCCUCACUCCGACGGCCGCCCACCAACAGCAGCCCAUUUCGCUGCCCAGCUCUCCGAAGAUCACGCCACCCAUAACACCAUCCUCCUCGGCUAAUGGUGGCCGGGCCGGCGGCAGCCCCCACGCCAUGAGGCAUCACAUCGCCGCUGUGGUGGCGGCUCAGCAGUCGGCACUGAUCGACAAGGCAGCCACCCCGAUUUCCCAUGAGCCAACCACUUUGGACUUGACCGGAUCGAAUUCGAAUUCGAGCAACCAGGCACCGUCGAAUACCAGCACUGGACAGCCGGCCACCCACGAGCUGAACGGAGCCGAAUCCAAUGGAGCUUCGCAGGGGGAGAGCAAAGAGCAGGGCGCUCUGGGCAAAGAGGAUCCCCUGAAGAGCUCUCCGCCACCAGUGGCGCUAGACAAGAAGCCAGCCACCCCGAACACCGUGCUGGAGAAGCCUCUGCACCCGGACAGCUCCCCCGAGCAGGGAUCGCGACGCAGCGCCAGCCCACAGUCGGAAACAAACAACUCGCUGCCAGCAGCUGGCGUCACUCCAACAUCAGAUGAGACGAAACCGCAGUUGGGAGCAUUAGGACGCAGCAAUAGCGCCGAGGAGGCCACCGCCUUAUGACACCAACUCUUCAGCAAUUCGAACAACUAACUAAUGAAAAACUACAGCGACAUUGGGAUGUACUUGCUCUCGGAGCGAGCUCUUCAUCAGCAGCGCAAGCGAAUGCUCGACGAGUUCCUGAAGCUAUAGGUUAAUCCCGAUCGGAGCGGAACAUAGUAUAGUACUGUAGUACUAUAUGUACUAUAAAUCGCAUAACAGAUAUCAGAUAUUUGUUUGUUCUCGAUGUUACAAUCUACAGUUUACCCAACAAGUUGAAUACAAUUCUACCACAAUUAAAGAUUUUGAAUUGGUGUAAAAUAAAUUAAAAAGAAAAAAAAACAGUCGUAUCUGCAUAAAAUGUAAAUUAUUGUGACAUAUUCCGAAAGUAAUAUAACUAAUCUCAAAUUAUGGUAUAAGGAUUUUAGGUAAUAUGUACUUCUUGCAUAAAAACUCUCAAUGUAGUCUUUUGUGUGGAAAUGUUCAUUGCCCGAGCAAACUAUUGUUAGGUCUACAUUAAGUAAGAAAUUUAUAUAUAUACAACAGAAUCAGAAACAGAAACAGAAACAGAAAUUAUACAAGACAUACUGGGUAGCUAUAUAUUUUAUUCUUAAAUUGCUAAUUGCUAAUAAUUGUGAUUUGGAGAGUACGAAAACGAAACAAAAUAAAACGGACGUAACGUAAUGAAUACAAAGUGGGUAAAAUGGAACUGAAAUUUAGAUAAAAAAUCAAAUCAAAAACCUAGAAAGAUAUUCUGAAACGGAUUAGAAGUGAAGAGCAAAAGGCCGAAAUUAUUUUUCGAAAUUAAAUAACUUUUGUACGACACCCUUUGGCCCUUAAAUGUAUACUUUAUUUUUAUUUAUUUGUGAUUUGGAAUAUUUUAGAUGCAAUCUAGGAGUGUACCCAAAAUCUUCAGACAGGUAAUGAAAAUGUUAGUUAAUGGAGACGUACUACCAACACACACACUAUAAUUGAUGUUUAUAGUAAGUAGUUAAUACCUUUAAAAAUCCAAGACAAACUCUCAAAAGAUAUAGAAUCUAGUUUUCAAGCCCGUUUCCAACUUUCGACCCUCCUCUAUCUUAACUCCAAUAUUUUGUUUUUUAGUUUUUGAGAUUGCCUAAAAUUUUAUGACAUGUGAAGAACGGUUUAUAUAUAUUUUAUUGCAUAAAUCUCGAGCAAUCUGUGAUAUUAUAAAAAAAAAGAGAAAAUUAAAAACCAAAAAAACCACAACUUUGAAAAAAAUCAUUGCAUAUGAGCCUUGGGACCCGGGAUAUAUAGAGAAACUCCCGAUGAAGGCCAUCAAAGUGUUUCGAUUUAAAUUCAGCAUGAAAAUGUUCGCCAUAUGCAAAGUCGACUUUCCUUUUGACAAAACUAUUGUGUAUGUACCAGUUAAACUGAAAAUGAAAAUAUAUUUUAAUAACUAAUCGUAAUAGAUUCUUGAACGACACACACAGAUAACUGAAAUCAAUUGGCGUGCAUAAAGUAACUUAUUCCCCAAGAUGCCAUGCGAUAGCUAAUCAACUACUGCAAAAUAGUUUCAAAUACAAAAAAACCUUAUCAAAUUAAAGAAAACGAUCAACGUAAAUUAAAUGUACUGUGACUCCCCCUCAAUCUUCGUUGUGUGUGUAAAAAAUAAAUGAAAAAUAAAAAACAGAAUACAAAAUGUAAAAGAUUAAACUGUAAGCUAACCGAAACGCAAUCGAAAAUCGAAUUCCAUUACAGAAAUCCAACAGAAAUACUAAAUAGCAAUAGAAUUAAGAAGGAGCGUUCGAGCCACUAGCUUCAAAAUAACAAAUCUUCGUUAUAGAUUGUUGGUUUGAACUUUACGGCUUGGGCUCCUUUUGCAGAUCCCCUCAAAACCACAGGCCAUACAUGCAUCCAUAGAUAUAUCACUUGAUCCAAACACAAUAGCAUAGCAAAAUAAACCAUGUGGCAAACGAUAUGCAAAACAAACAUUUAAACAAUAUUGUGCAACUUUACAUAAGGCAUUUAUGAUUUUAUGAAAUAAACUGUACUUAAGGAUA